AAAUUCCCCGCUAAGCAUUUCUCUGCAAUUUGUUAAACUGACAAUUUCCCUUUUCCUUUUUCCAUCGUCGCUCUCUCCAUUCCAUUUCUCCUCCGCUUCCCUCUCCGCAUCCAGCGCAGCCCCGCCGGCGUCUCUCUGCUGUUUUUCAGUUCUCGGUUCAGCUCCUAUCCGGAUCGCCGUGCUAAGCUUUCCGGACUCCAAUUCGUCCUGCGGCGAGAUCUUCUUCCAUCGUGCGCGCCAUUACUUCCUGGUCCGCCGUCCGGAAUUGUCGAGUGAACGUGACGAGUUUCUGAGUUUGUCCUGCGGUUGCCACCAUGGUUUCCUUUGAGAUGAACGAUCGCAAAAAAAUUGGGCUAGGAUUGACAGGAUUUGGCAUCUUUUUCUCCAUUCUGGGAAUCAUCUUCUUCUUUGACAAGGGACUACUUGCCAUGGGGAAUAUCCUCUUCAUCUCAGGAGUGAGUCUCACUAUUGGACCGAAGUCGACCAUGCAGUUUUUCAUGAAACGACAAAACUACAAGGGGACUAUCUCAUUCGGUGCUGGUUUCUUCUUUGUCGUGAUAGGAUGGCCCAUCAUUGGUAUGAUUUUGGAGACAUAUGGGUUUGUUGUGCUCUUCAGUGGCUUCUGGCCAACACUUGCAGUUUUCUUGCAGAGGAUACCAAUUCUUGGUUGGGUAAUCCAACAACCAGCAAUCAGAUCGUUCUUCGACCGAUACAGGGGCAGAAGAGUACCUGUCUAAAUCCUCAAUCAUUCAGCUUGAUACAAGACUCGCAUUGGGGUUCUCAGGUAAAUGAAAUGUAAUUGUGGUGACUCCUGAUUCGUAUUGUUCUUCGUAUUGGUGCUUGUGGUGGUAACUCACGAAACGAAUUUUGUUGGGGGGUAACUCAGUCAGUUAGGAUUCAGAAUAGAUUCAUAUGUGUACGUCCUUGUAAAAAUAGAGUCAGCUACCAAGAACGCUUGUGUUCCCUUUGUUCUUUUAUUUCGGUGUUGUUUUUUAAGUUCUUCUACAGCAGAACAGAGCAUAUUGUCCAUUGACUUAUUCCUUUUGUUUCCCCUCCCUUUGCUCUUCAUUGCAUCUUACGGUACAUAUGGCACUGGAAUCACGAGCAGAGGGUGCUUUCUCCCAAUCGUCGCCCCAAACGUCUCCGUCAUGUCGAGGCUCUCCGGACUCGUAUCUCCGGGGAGUCUCCAGCCGAAAUGGAACAGCAGAUUCGCCAGGGUAAGCUUCACGACCUCGGUCGCGAAACCGUGUCCGGGACACAUCCUCCUUCCAGCACCGAACGGGAUAACUGGAAAUCGCUCCCCUUGUAGUCGGUGGAGCUAUCGACAAAUCUCUCGGGGAAAAACUUCUCCGGUUCGAGCCAGUAGAGAGGAUCUCGACAGAUUGCCCAUACGUUCACGAUGACUAUGGUCUUUGUGGGGAUCUCGUACCCACAGAGUUGUGCCCUCUCCCUGCUCUCUCGUGGAACGAGGAAAGGAGCCGGAGGGUGCAAUCUCAGACUCUCUUUUAUGAC